CGGAACACAGCCUUUCUCAAAACAAACCGCUGAUGACCACCCAACUGAUCACCAUCAACACCGAAAAAUCAAACAGCACUCAUGGGAAGUAGGAUGAAUAGUACUAGUAGUAGUAACCCUCUAAUGGAAUUCCACCCUACCCAUCUCUUCAAUCAAUCAGAUGAAUCAGCUCCACCUGGUAGUCCAGUCGAUAGAAACAAUCGGCUCAAGCACGGGAAUUGGUUCGAAACUCAGCUCGUACUUUCACUAGCAAUCGGCUCACUGGCUUUUCUCACGUUUUGUUAUUCGAGAGCACGCUCCACCUUGACCUUUGCCCCCCGCACUCAUUUAUCUUCUUUCUCCCCUCAUCCAGUCCACCUCAAGUCUGGCUUCUUCUCUUGGAUCUUACCCACCCUCAAGACAUCUGAACACACCGUACUACAGAUCGUCGGACUUGAUGCUGUUGUGCUACUGUAUUUCUUCAAACUUGGCUUCUUUUACUUUCUCACCUGUACAAUCUUCGCCUUCCUCUUCCUCGUCCCCAUCAACAUCCAUGAAAACGGCACAACAGAAGGUGUCCCUCCUGAUCCACCUUCACCUAAACUACUUCGAUCACUCGGCGAACAAGUAGCCCAGCCACUCAACUUCCUCUUCAGCGAUGAUAAAUACAACUGGCCCGAUCUCACAAAGAACGUCACACUCUAUCACUGCGUCCAUCUUGGCUUUACCUACUUCUUCAGCCUCCUCUUGUUGCGAUUCUUGAAGAUCACCUAUCUCAGAUUUAUCGAAACUAAACCGAUCUUCAGUCUUGCCCAUCAUUCAUCCGUUCCUCUGCGCACCUUGAUAAUCGAAAACCUACCACUUCACCUUCAAAAUGAUGAAGCACUCUUUGAAUAUUUUAAUGAUCUCCUUCGAUUCAAAGUCGAGUCCGUCAACGUGGUUCGGGAUGUCAGUGGAUUGGUCCCUCUAUUGAGCCGAAGAACAAAAGCUCUUAUCAACUUGGAAGAGGCUUGGGCAAAGUGGCUUGGCAAUCCGGUUCGGGGUGAAGCAGCGCUGAACUAUCAUCCAGAAGAAGAGCUGGCACGAAUCGUUUAUCAUCCGAGAGACGACCAAACUCCUAACAGGUGACUUGACUUCAUCAUCAA